AUGUGGGUACUGGUGCUGGUGUUGGCUACUGCCCUUUUUGCCCUGUUGGAUGUCUGGUACUUUCUACGUGCCUUUAUGGCAGUUUUAAGAGCACGUCUCCAGACUGUUGUGAAGGACCUACUGAAGGAACACACAUACUCUAGCCUCGUCUUACCACAUGAUCUAGACUUUCUUUGUCAUAUGAACAAUUCACGCUAUCUGCGUGAGGCUGACUUUGCACGUUUGUCUUUCUUCACACGUAGCGGGCUCUUUGGGGCCAUCCACUCUUUGGGAGCUGGAAUGGUGAUGGCUGCAUGCACUGCUCGCUAUCGACGAUCUCUCCGACUCUUUGAGACUUUCGAUAUACGCACACGUCUGCUAUGCUGGGAUGACAAGGCAUUCUACGUAGAACAGCGUUUUGUGGCUCCAAGGGAUGGCUUUGUCUGUGCCGUGCUGCUUAGUCGUCAACACAUUAUAGGAAACUCCCCCGACAAAGUGGUACAGUCCAUGUGCAAAAGGAAGGUGGAGUCUCCAGAAUUCCCUGAGGAGAUCGCACACUGGAUCAGUUACAAUGACAACAACAGCCAGAAGCUGAGAGCAGAAAGUGGGAUAUCUGGCAGCACCAAAGAUCAGUAAUCGGACCUCACCCCUCUUCCUGUCUGUCACCUGCAGAACCUGCACAUACAACUGGAGAUAGAUUAGAUUUGUUUUCUGUAUUACAGCUAUUUCUUGUGUGCUCUGUGACAUAAGGUGAUGUCUUAGG